AUGGCUAGCUGUGGGGAAGUAGACCACUCUGUUAGCUCACUUCCCCCAAGUAAGAAAGGCGGCGGCGGUAACAACAGCAGCAGCAAUGUUGCCGCUGGUAGCGGGAGCAGUACCGAAACAUUGUGUCCUGGAUCCAACAACACGUCCCCGGCGCUCUCUGUACCCGAGUGUGCCAUCUGUCUGCAGAGCUGCGUCCACCCAGUGCAACUCCCAUGCCACCACGUCUUCUGUUUCCUGUGUGUAAAGGGGGCAUCCUGGCAGAGCAAGCGCUGUGCUCUCUGCAGACAGGAAGUGCCGGAUGACUUCUUGGAAAGGCCCACACUUCUCUCUCCAGAGGAGCUGAAAGCGUCCGCAGGAGGUCGGGGCGGGGAAGUGAGUGAUCACGCCUGGUAUUACGAGGGCCGCAAUGGUUGGUGGCAAUAUGAUGUACGAACCAGCCGUGAGCUGGAGGACGCUUUCUCCAAGGGCAAGAAGACGGCGGAGAUGCUCAUCGCUGGGUUUUUGUAUGUAGCCGAUUUGGAGAACAUGGUGCAGUACAGGCGUAAUGAACAUGGACGUCGGCGCAAAAUGAAGCGGGAUGUUUUGGAUAUUCCUAAGAAGGGAGUGGCUGGGCUACGUUUGGACACUGAGGCCGUCACAGGGGCAAUUGGGGCAGCAGGUCGAGAAAACUCUGCUGAUGGAGCCGAUACCACAGCAGCUGGUGUGCAACAGCAGGGCGUGGUCCUCUCUUCCACGACGUCAGCCCCUCUGCCCACUGCAAGGCCUCCAACUCACUUGGGCGGUCAACCUGGCGGCAGCAGCAGCCCCGCGCUGGAGGACGCUCUCUCACAACUCCAACUCAGCCACAGGCCCACUCCUUUUCAUGAGCGAUCUGGGGCAGGUGAAGGAGAGGAAGAAGAUGAAGAGGACGAGGCUUCACCCUCCAGGUCCUCUGACCCUCACACCUCGGUGGACGAAUCCGGCUCUGGAGACUGGAGCGAUGACGAAGAUCAUGAUGAAGGGGAAGGGGGAGGCAAUGGUGAGCAUGAGCCAUGGGAGGAUUGGCCGCAGAGGCAAAGACUGAACCCUGAGGACAGAGCCCUCCCUGGCGCAGAGUCCAUUUCCCCCCCUUCAUCAUCUACGAGCGGAAGGUCCCGAAUGGCGGAUGGCCAGUGUGCAGUGACUGAAGUGUGA